AUGGCGUCGACUUACCAGGAACAAUUUCAAGAUAAUUAUCAGCCAUCUUGGCCUUUCUACAAUGUCAUCAGUUCCACUCUCGACCCCUCCGCCUCCGCCGCCGACUUCUCUUCCUCCUUCACCCUGCCGCAGUCCGCCGACGUCGACGAAAUGGACCUCAUAAUGGAUCAUCAUUUCUCCUCCAUGCUCACCGCCGAAGACCUCGCUGACUCUCCCGCGUCAGACGACGACGGAUUCGGGAUGAUCACCUUGUCCACCGACGAGCUGCUGACCGGGUUGGACCGGUUCGACCCGAACCUCAGCGACAGCAGCCAACGGGAUAACAAUCAAGACGGUGGUUACUGGAGCCCCACUCCUUCGAUCUUAUCCAAAGUAGCGAAUCCGAAUCCGGCGCUGGACAUACCGAUGGAGGAGUCGGAACUCGGCAACCAGAUCAGCGUGUUCCACUUGCUGAAGGCCUACGGGGAAGCGAUGGAAGGAGGGCACAGGGAGCUGGGUGACGUCAUCAUGGCCAACGUGAGCGAGAAAGUCAGCCCCGCCGGCGACUCCCUGGAGCGGCUGGCUUUCAAUCUGUCGCAGGAUCUGCAGAAGGAAGUGGAUUACAUCAAGCAAGAGGCGCUCAAGAACUUCGAAUCCGCAUUCAGGGCUUUCUACCAGAUCUUCCCUUACGGCCGAUUCGCUCACUUCGCCGCCAAUUCGGCCAUGGUCGAGUCGAUUCCGGCAGAAGCCGAGACCGUACACAUCGUCGAUUUCGACGUCGGGGAAGGCGUCCAGUGGCCGCCGGUGAUCGAGGCUCUGGCUCGCCUCGGGAAGAAGGUCAAACUGACAGUCGUAGAUUGGGAAUCGCAAGCCACGGGAACGGAUCAGGACUCCGAUUGGGCGCCGGCGAUGUGGAAUCUGGAGGAGGUGAAGGCACGGCUGAUGGACCAUUCUUGUCGGGUUGGGUCGAACCUGAUCAUCGAAUCAACCCGAAUCGAUGAUUUGGCAGGGGGAAUCAGGGGAGCGAAGCGAGCGAGCGAGUGGCGCGUGUUCAAUUGUAUGGUGGGGCUUCCGCACAUGAGGAGGGUGAGGAGCAGGAAAUUGGUGGAGGAAUUCCUGACGACGGCGAACGAGUUGGUGGCCGAGUCGGGGAGAGGGAUGGUGACUCGGGGAGACGGCGAAGCUUGGGAGCAUUUGAAGGGUUGCUCUGGGUUCGGGUCCUUCUUUGAAGGGAACAUGGUCUAUUACAUGUCCUUGUUGGAGUCAAUUGAGCUGAAUUUCCCGGAGCUGGCGGAGGCGAGGAUGGCGCUGGAAUGUCUGUUCGUGGCGCCGUUCAUAUCGUCGGAGGCGUGGUUCCAGAGAUGGGUGGAGAUGAGUGAGAUGCAGGGGAAGGGGAAGGGGAGGAAGGAGAUCAUGGAGAAGUGGAGAGUGAGCAGAGAGAGCUUGGAGGAAGCCAAGGAGAUGGUGAAGGAGAGCCAGACUUCGUACGGAGUGAGGACCGGAGGUGAAUCGGAGAAUGAGAUGGUUCUGGAGUGGAAAGGGACACCAUUGGUGAGAGUGUCGUCGACGUGGAGGAACUGA